CUCGCAGUGACUUUGGUGGUCGAUGAUCUGAACCAAAGCUUGAAUAUACAUUACGGGGACCCUCUUCCACACCAUUCGCGCGCUCUGACCUUAAAACCAAAACCCCAGACGAAUCGGAACAAAUCAGACUAGAAAUCCAGUUCUUUGGAUCUUCUCUUUACCCGAAAAAGAAAGCCAACGCGCAUUAUUGCCAAAUCCCCCCACUUGGCUGACGCUCUUUGCUGUGAAGCGAGCGAAACACCCCCCAGUCUUUGUCGCCCAAACCUAGGACCCACACAUUUUCCAAACCACUCAUAAUCAUGUCGUCGGCCUCGCCAUCCAAGGAGCCGGAAGUUGACCCCGAGGUUCAAUCGGGUGAAGAGCAGGACCAAAUGGACAAAGACCAGCACGAUCCUUCAAUGCAGGGACAAGGCGAGUUCGAAGUGAAAGAGCAAGAUCGGUGGCUUCCGAUUGCAAAUGUUGCCCGUAUCAUGAAAUUGGCGUUACCCGAAAAUGCAAAGAUUGCAAAGGAAGCCAAGGAAUGUAUGCAGGAGUGCGUGAGCGAGUUCAUCUCGUUCAUCACCAGUGAAGCAUCUGAGAAAUGCCAGCAGGAGAAGCGUAAGACCGUCAACGGCGAGGAUAUCUUGUUUGCCAUGACUUCUCUCGGUUUUGAGAACUACGCCGAGGCCCUGAAGAUUUAUCUUUCCAAGUACCGCGAGACUCAGUCCGCACGUGGUGAGAACCAGGGCCGACCAACUAGCAGCGGCUAUGGUGCUGGCGGUGCCGCCCAGGGUCGUCCAGCCGGGUUUCCCGAAGCCGCAGAGGGUGGUAACAAUAUCUUGAACCCUGGAUUGGACCCAUCAGAGGAUGCUGCUGCUUAUGGGUACCCUCCCAUGGUGGGCCAGUCUCACAAUGGAGCGGGCGGCGACACGUACUAA